UACUGCCCCAUGGCAGAGAGCUCUGGAAGCUGUGGAAAAGGGCACAUGGAGUCAAGCCAGAGCUAUAGUGGCUCAGGUUUGGACUAUUCAGAAGACACCUUUGAGUCCUUCAGCGAGGAGGAAGAGGAGAGCAAACCAUCUGGAUUGUGUUGUUCCGUAGAGGAUUCCGUGGGAUCUGCUUUGUCAGGUGUGUUGGAAAGCACCUCCUGGUUGGCAAGCCAGAAUCAUAGUUUUAUACUCCUUCUCCCAGGGCUGCUCUCAAUGACUUCUCUGCCACCCUAUAGGUGUGUCUGGGAUUGCCCUAACCCAGAGGAGCAGCCUGAAGUAGUGGAUUCUGCAGCUAUAGAAAAAGUUGUCAUAGGAAGAUGGAUUGGUGUCAUGGGAAAAUGGAUUGAUGUGAAAAAUAAGCAAGCUGCCAUUAAGCAAGACAAAUCUGUCAUCAAAAUUGAUGCNUGUUUUGCUGAUUUAUGCCUGGCAGAAAUUCCUGAGUUAUUUGCUGGGGAACUGGAUGCUCUCAGGUCUUUUUGCACCAGGAAGAUCAGUAGGAUGCAGCAGCAGCAGCUGAGCUCUGAGCAGGCAAACAGUGGCAAGUCAAGGAGGCUGCAGCAGGGAGCCACAGUAAAGGCCACUGAGACAAGAGAUUGGAGCUACAGCAUUCCUGAUGGGCUCAUGGGCAGAAUCCGCCUGAGAAACAUCAGAGAGACUGUUAAACAGGUGACAGAAGCUCAAAUCCAUGAGUCUUCAGCAUGUCCUGAGUGCCAGAAGAAGGAAGCAGAGCUGGCCAGGAUUGCCUUUCUCAGACAAAAAAAGACUCUAAUUGAAGGUGCUUUAAUCCAAGGGAAGCUGGAAGAACAGAUUUACUCCAGGGAUGUGCUUACACUUCUAGGAGAAGCACUCAGAAGCUUUCCUAAACCUUCAGAGGAUCCCAGGGACUUAUGGCAAAGGCUGAAAGGUCAGAAAGUGUAA